AUGGCAGCUUCUAGGGACGAUGAUGAUCGACGGCUCAAAGGAGGAGGAGAGGUUGUGAGCGCUUUGUCACAACGCAUGAGUCAACGGAUAUGGGAUUGCUUGAGAGAUGACAAUAUUUCAGUGUUCUCAGUUUGGGGAUGGCAGGGUGUGGGGAAGUCACGGAUCGUGAGACAGGUGGUCGCCGCAAUGGAGGAAUCCGGAGAAUCUAGCCAUCUGUUUGAUGUGAUCAUACGGGUAAGAGCGCCAGGGAUCGAGAGUCUUGGAGAGAAGAUGCCGUAUAUAAUCAAAGGGAAAAGGAAGCAUAGGCUUGACUAUUUUGGGUAUUACAUUGCUAGUGAAGAUGCUUUAAUGUAUUUGGCUAUGAAGGGGAGAAGGAAUCGGUUUAUGGAGGUGCAGAUGGGAAUCCAGAAGGCAUUGGAGAUCCCAGAGUCCAUACAAAUCUCCGCAACUGCUAAGAGUAUCAAUGAUAAGUUAAGCGGCCAAAGGUACCUCCUCAUCUUUGAAGAUGUUUGGGAAAGCUUUGACUUGAAAGAGAUUGGAGUUUCGGUUACAAGUGGCAGCAAAGUCGUCAUCACCACUCAAUCCGAUGAAGUCUGUUCUGAAAUGGGAGCUCAAUUAAAGAUCAAGGUGGAGGAGUGGUCUGAAGAAGAUGCCUGGGAUUUUUUACUGGAAGAGACAGCUGAUGUGGCUUCCAGCAUUGGUUUUUCAAACAGAGAUAUGGUCUUCAAAUGCUUUUCUUACGUUUCCUUUUUGUGUCAGAACGGAAGCUCCGUCGACCGAGAUUCCUUGAUAGAAGAGUAUUGGAGGUCGGAGGGCUUUUUAGAUGGAUUCUUCAAUGAGGAGGAGAAUAAAGAAGUGGCUUUCAAGAGACUGGGGAAUGUACUGCUCAAAGAGUUCGCGAAGAGAUGCAUGGUUCUAUUGUCCCUGACGUCAUCAAACCCAAAUUACCUCUCUCUCUUUCUAGAGCAGACUAGAAAACUAGAUUUAGAUUUAUGGGACAAUCAUCCUAAGGAAGCAGAAUUUAUGAACUGGCUACAAGAGCAAUUUACAAUGGAGGAAUCUUCAGGAGGACAAUAUCAUGUGGAUAUGAAUUCUCAUGUGAGGCAAGUUAUUGGUUCUCGAACGUUCCUAGUGAAAAACAACUUGGACGCAGAAGAAGCAUGCCAAUGGAUCUCAUUAUCUCACAAUCAGUUACAAACAUUCCAAUUCAGCUCUCCAAACUGCCCUCUUCUCUCGACGUUAUUGCUUAAUGAUAAUGAUCGCUUGCAAGAAAUCCCAGACAGUUUUUUCAAGAACAUGACCAGACUCCGAGUCCUCGACCUUUCUUCUACAAGCAUCACUUCCCUGCCAUCCUCCAUAUCCUGCCUUUGUGAAUUACGGUUGUUGAAGCUCCAAAGCUGCCACAAGCUAGAGGGUCUUCCUACGUUCUUAAAGUAUAUGCGGAAGCUUGAGAUCCUUGAUCUCCAUCAAACUGCCCUGACAAAGAUGCUGGAGGCAUCCUUCAAUAACAUGCAAAGCCUCCGACGCCUCGACAUCUCAGGUGCCUGCAACCUCAGUCAGCUCUCGCCCCAGGGUUGCCGCUCUCUAAUGACACUGGCCAGCCUAGAUAAACUUUCAAAACUUGAGGCACUUGAUCUUUCAGGCACGAAAUUGGAAGUUCUUCCGCACCAAAUUUUCAAUCUGACUAGCAUGCAGUGCCUAGACCUGUUGGGAAUGGAGCAUCUCAAGACGGUUGACUGGACAAAGAUAGAUCGGCUUCCAGAAAAAUUGAAUUGGGAUCGAUGUGGCUUGGGCUUGGUCCAUGAACAACUCCAAGACAGAUGCAGACGUCAUAUCUCGGUCAGUGAUGCCAGUGUUUUUUCAUCUUUGGACCGUAGCUCGAAACUGUGGAAAUCCUGCUUUCUAGAAUUCCACUUCUUGGUAUGUCCCUGCAAGGGAGGGCGCAAGGAUAGAUAUGGUCGUUUUAAAAGAAACCAAUUUCUCUACCAGCAUAUUUAUACUCAAUCUGAACAGUCUUUGAGUUAUGAAAGAGGACUGGAGGUUUGCGGUGGUAAUAAUUCCCUAGAUGGUGUUAGAGGGGUUCUCUCUAUGGCAAAAUUCUUUCAUUUGUAUGGCAAUGCGUUCAUUAAGGCACUGUCCAAUCUUGGCAUGGAGAUGGACAACCUUAAAGAAUGCUGGAUUGAGAAAUGCCAUCAAUUGGAGCUUCUGUUCGUUGGAAGAAUGGCAGACAUUGAUGCAGCAGUUUGCUUAGAAAAUCUAAGGGUGUCCAAUCUUGCCAAAUUAAUAACAGUGUGCCGGGGGAAGUUGGGAAGAGGGAGCUUCGCAUGCCUAAAGCAUAUAUAUUUGGAAUGUUGUCCGAAGCUAAUCAAUUUCUUCUCUUCGAGCAUUCGGUUACAGAAUCUCAAAUUACUUGAAAUAAAAUUCUGUUGUAGACUGGAGAAGGUCUUUGAAGAAGACAGCGAGGUGGGGCAAAAUGCAUUUCCACGGCUAGUUGAUAUAUAUCUUUGGGAGCUACGCAAACUGAAAAGCAUUUGCAGUGGGCACUUGCCGAUGCUGAAGAAGUUGAAGAUUCGAGGAUGCCCACUGCUGGAGAAGCUUCCUCUCGAUAACACAAAUGCUUCUGCAACACAAGUUGAGAUCCAAGGUGAGCUGAAAUGGUGGGAAAACAUAAAAUGGGAGGGCAGUAUCAAGCCAAGCUACAUCCGUUUCAAAGAAUGUUGUCUAUCAAAAAUAUAUCCUGCAGAGGUAAUGGUAGAUGAUGGACAGCUUAGAAGAAGAGGAGAGAUUGUGAACGCAGGACAUAAUAGGAGGCAAAUACCAGAAAGUGAUCGUGCGGAGGAGACGGCAGCUUCCAGGGAUGGUGAUGAUCGACGGCUCAGACAAGGAGGAGAGGUUGUGAGUGCUUGCUCACGACGCAUGAGGCAACAGAUAUGGGACUGUUUGAGAGAUGACAAUAUUUCAGUGUUCUCAGUUUGGGGAUGGCAGGGUGUGGGGAAGUCACGGAUCAUGAGACAGAUGGUCUCAGAAAUGGAGAUAUUCAGAGAAUCUAGCCGUCUGUUUGAUGUGAUCAUACGAGUAAGAGCACCAGGGAAAGAGAGUCUUGCUGAGAAGAUGCAGGCGAGAAUCAGAGGAGAAUUGGACCGUCUGACAAAAGAGUACAAAAGACCGAAUGAUUUGGAUGUGUAUUGGCAGACACAGCUUUUAAAGGGGAUGGAUGAAAAGGGGAGAAGGAAUCGUUUAAUGGAGGUACAGAUGGGAAUGAAGGAGGCAUUGGAUAUCCCAAAGUCCAUGGACUUCUCCACAGCUGCUAAACAAAUCUCGGCUAAGCUAAGCGGCCAGAGGUUCCUCCUCGUCUUAGAAGAUGUUUGGGAAAGCAUCAACUUGGAAGAGAUGGGAGUUCCAGUCAUGGCCCCUGCUUUCACCAUCGACAGCAAAGUGGUGAUUACAACUCGAUCUCAAAAAGUUUGUAAGGAAAUGAAAGCCCAAGUAAACAUCAGGGUGGGGGAGUGGUCUAAAGAAGACGCCCGGGAUUUUUUACAGGAAGAGGCAGCCGAUGUUGCUGCCAGCAUUGGUUUCUCAAUAACCAGAGACAUGGUCUUCAAAUGCUUCUCUUACGUCGCCUUGCUCUGUCGAAAUGGAGGCUCCAUCGAUGCAGAUUCCUUGAUAGAAGAGUAUUGGAGGUCGGAGGGCAUUUUAGAUGGAUCCUUCAAUGAGGAGGAGAAUAAAGAAGCUGCUUUCAAGAGAAUGGGGAAUAUACUGCUCAAAGAGCUUGCAGAGAGAUGCAUGGUGCUAUUGUCCCUGGUGUCAUCAAACCUAAAUUGGCUACACUCCUUUGUAAGUAGGUGGGAUGAAUAUUAUUGGGGAGACUUUUCAAAAGCUCAAUCUAUGGAAGGGGAAUUUAUGGAUUGGCUACAAGAGCAAUAUACAAUGGAGGGAUCUUCAGGAGGACAAUAUCAUGUGGAUAUGAAUUCCCAGCUAAUGGAAGUGAUUGGUUCUCAGACGUUCCCAGUGAAGUACAACUUAGAUAGGGAAGAAUCAUGCCAAUGGAUCUCAUUAUCCAAUAAUCAGGUAGAAACACUCCCAUUCCGCUCUCCAAAUUUCCCUCUUCUCUCGACAUUGUUGCUCAACAAUAAUGAUCGCUUGCAAGAAAUCCCAGACGGUUUUUUCCAGAACAUAACCAAACUCCGAGUCCUCGACCUUUCUUCCACAAGCAUCACUUCCCUGCCCUCGUCCAUGUCCUGCCUAUGCGAAUUACGGUUGUUGAAGCUUCAAAGCUGCUGCAAGCUAGAGGUUCUUCCUGCAUUCUUAAAGGAUAUGCAGAAGCUUGAGAUCCUCGAUCUCCAUCAAACUCCCUUGACGAAGAUGGUGGAGGUAUCCUUCCAUAACAUGCAAAGCCUCCGACGUCUCAACAUCUCAGGUGCCUGCAACCUCAGCAGGCUCUCGCUCAAGGGUUGUCACUCUCUAGUGAAACUGGUCAGCCCAAAUAAACAUUCAAAACUUGAGGCACUUCAUCUUUCAGGCACGAAAAUGGAAGAGCUCCCACACGAAAUUUUCAAUCUGAAUAGCUUGCGGUGCCUGGACCUGUUGGGAAUGGAGCAUCUCAAGACGGUUGACUGGAGAAAGAUAAAUCAGCUUCCAGAAAACUUGAAUUGGGAUCGAUGUGGCUUGAACUUGCUGCAUGAGCAGCUCCAAGACAGCAGCAGUCGUCACAUCUCUGUCGGUGAUGCAAGUGUUUUUGAGUCUUUGGACGAAAGCUCGGAACUGUGGAAAUCCUGCUUUCAAAAAUUCCAUUUCUUGGUCUGUCCCUGCGAGGGAGGGCGCAAGGAUAGAUAUCGUGAUUUUAAAAGAAACCGAUUUUUCUACCAGCGUAUUUAUACUCGAUUUGAGCUGUCUUUGAGUUAUGAAAGACAACUGGAGGUUUGCGGUGGUAAGAAUUCCCUAGACGGUGUUAGAGGGGUUCUCUCAGUGACAGAAUUCUUUCAUUUGCAUGGCAAUGCGUUCAUUAAGGCACUGUCCAAUCUUGGCAUGGAGAUGGACAACCUUAAAGAAUGUUGGAUUGAGAAAUGCCAUCAACUGGAGAUUCUGUUCGUUGGAAGAAUGGCAAACAUUGAUGCAGCGGUCUGUUUAGAAAAUCUAAGGGUGUCCGAUCUUGCCAAAUUAAGAACAGUGUGCCGGUGGCAGUUGGGAAGAGGGAGCUUCGCAUGCCUAAAGAAUAUAUAUUUGGAAUGUUGCCCGAAGCUCGUGAACUUAUUCUCUUCGAGCAUUCAGUUACAGAAUCUCAAAUUACUUGAAAUAAAAUUUUGCUGUAGACUGGAGAAGGUCUUUGAAGAAGACCGCCUGGCAGGGCAGAAUGCAUUUCCACAGCUAGUUGAUUUAUGUCUUUGGGAGCUACGCAAACUGAAAAGCAUUUGUGGUGGGCACUUGCCGAUGCUGAAGAAGUUGAAGAUUCGAGGAUGCCCGCUGCUGGAGAAGCUUCCUCUCCAUAACACAAAUGCUUCUGCAGCAGAAGUCAAGAUUGAAGAGAAAUAG